AUGCGAGCUGUGCUUAACAUGCACUCAUUGUUCUUGGUGAAACCUGACCCUGUUAAAGAAGAUUGUGUCGACUCGCGGUGGAAAUGGUUCAAGGGCUGCCUAGGUGCACUCGAUGGCACGUACAUAAACGUGUUAGUUGGCAGUGACGUUAAACCUAGGUUUUUAACACCUUUCAAGGGAGUUCGAUAUCACUUAAAGGAAUGUGGCCCAGCUAAAGAGCGACCACGUGACAAACAUGAGAUGUUCAAUUUGCGCCACACAAAAGCUCGUAACAUUAUUGAGCGAGCAUUUGCAGUUCUCAAGAUGAGGUGGGGAAUAAUUCGAAGCCCUUUUUUCUACCCGCUGAAAGUACAUAUUCGGUUGAUCAUGUGUUGCUUUCUGUUGCAUAACUUCAUACGUGGAGAGAUGGUUGUCGAUCCGAUAGAACAACAGCUCGAAGGUUUGUUUGAACAUUUUGACACAGUGGAGGAGACCGAUGACAUUGAGUAUAUUGAUGUUGUCGAACUGUCGUCGGAGUGGAACCAAUACAGAGACACAAUGGCUCGUGAUAUGUGGGCUCAAGGUCAUCAUAAUGGAGCAAAUAUGGAUGACAUUGUUGGUGAAGAAUGA